CUACGCUCGAAACUUAAAUUGUUAUCAACGAUAACUGUGAAAGUUUUUAAAAGUACAAAUCACAUUUUCAAUUCUAUAAUAUCAAUUAUAACUUUGUCAAAAUUCAUCCGUUCUGUUUUUGCCUCACAAGUGCCACUUUUGACGGACUUAUGAAAAAUAAAUUGGAAGGUGAAUUUAAAUCUAGUGAGAGGUUUACCGGAGAUUUGUCGGUAAACGUAGUAAGACAAGCACCGAAAUCUCGCCGCGAAUCUAUGGCCCCUAAGAUUGUGGUGUGCCCUCCAGUUGAAGAAAUGAAUGAACCGGUGGCAGCACCUCGAGGAUCCCGCCUGCUGAAAGCGUUGAGUCGGCGACUCUCUCGCCGCAACGCCGAUGACGACUCCUUAGGAAGUUCCAGCAGCAACGAAAGUAUGUCUUGUGAUACUGGCCGAAGUGACGACCCUUCAUCCUGCUCAACCAGUGACUCUGGCUGCGACGAAUCUGACCGACGAAGACGUCACAGGUCAACAGUGUCGUUGAGGCGUGUUUUCCAAAAUCUCAGUAUAUCAAGUCGGUCACAAUCAUCUUCACCAAGUGACCGCCACCGCCAGCCCAAGAAGCAAACCCAACCAAAACGAAUUCUUCGACCCCCAGUUACCUACACAUACGUACGAGGGCUAUCCGGCUUACCAACACAGCGGGUGCCUCGUCAUACAGUUUAUUGCGCUUCCGUGGGUCUCAACCGAUAAAGAUGUAAAGCAUCGAUAUGUGGAUACCUAACAACAGGAAUGGGAGAUCAAGACUGUUACGUAUAGAUUUAGUCGUAAAAGGCUAGUACGUCGUAUCAUAUCAGUAGAUAGAAUGGACUGACGAGCUCGACGAAUGGAAAAUUCAACAUGGACCAAAAGCGGACACCGUUGUGUAGUACUCCUCUGAGGGGAGGCUGUUGAAACUUGUCUAUUUAAGAAAAAUCUAUAAGACUGGACUGCGAAAUCGCUGGGAUAGCGAUUUUCAUUAACAUUACUCCUAUUGGCUCUACUUUUUAAUCUUAAAAAUAUGAAUCUAAUCAAUUAUUAUUUUUUACGGCAGUUAAGAUAACUAUUAACGGAUUGCGGCUACAAAUGUUUGUUGUAUCUCUAAGUGAAGAAUAGUGCCUUUCCACAUAUUGACGAUUUUGAUAUGUAUACCUAACGAGGCUUAAAUAUUACUCAGUCAAACCUUGCAUUAUAUAUUUAUAAAGUAAAUUUUCACAGAUACACGACAUGUUUUCAUAGGAUAACGUAUUUUUCACAGUAUUCACCACUGAG